GAAAAAUGCACAACAGUCGCGUUCUUAAUAUUGUUGUUUUAGGUUCUGAACACAGUGGAAAGUCCACGCUGAUUGAUUCUAUCGUGUUCGAUCCAAAUAGAGAUGGAGAGUUACCAAGAGUUUUAGGACCAAAGGAAUUUUCACUUCAAUUGAAAAAUCAAGACAUUACUUUUAAUUUCAUUGACACCAAUUCUGAAAAGACUAUUCAACAGGCUUUUUCUACCAUGCCAGUUUUGAGUGCAGACCUUUUUGUGUUUGUGAUCGAUAGUACCAAUGAAGAAAGUGUCAAGAAAUUCUAUGAAGAAUGGCUUCCAUAUGUUGAGAAAUCUAAAAAGAUGCUUUAUAUAAUUUUGACCAAGACCGAUCUUAGAAACACAGAAGAUCCAGAGUUAUUUGAUCCAACCCAAGCUGAAAAGUAUGUCAGAUAUCAAGGAUUGUUUAAAUACAGUUCCAAGACAAGGGAAAAUAUUGAGAUUUUACUUUUCAACUUGUCAAACAUUUUCAUAUUUUCAGCAGAUUUCCUUUAUAAUUUUAUUGAGGAACGUUUAACGAGUCAAUGUCAUAAGGCUCUGAGAAGAAUAUUUUGGUUGAUGGAUGAGUUAAAUUGUGGAUUAGUUGAUAAUUCUACCAUUAAGAAUUUGAUUGGCGCCACUGAUGAGGAUAGUGUUGUAAUUGAUGAAAAUGGAUCUAUGGAUUUGGAUUCAUUCUUGUCAUUUAUGGUUUCAUUAAUUUUAACAAGACAUGAACAUCUUGUUUGGACCCUUAUUCAAAAAUUCAAUUAUAAUGAAAAACUUGAACUCGAUAUUGAUGACAUUAUUACUGACGUUUCUCCAGAUAUUUCACAUGAAGAUUUCAUCACUCUUAGUGAUGAAGGAAAGAAAGUUCUCACAAGUAUUUUCAAGAGAUUUGAUAGGGAUAAUGACGGCCUUCUUGAUGAAAAUGAUAUUGAUGAAGCAUUUAGUCUUACAACAGCAUGUCCAUUCCAUGAAAUGUCAACCAAUUACUUUGAUUCUUGUAGAACUGUGGAGGAUAAGAAGAUUGAUAUCCAUUCUUGGAUUUCACUUUGGCAAUUAAUUGUGACAACAAAUUGUUACAGAUAUAUUCAUUGCUUAUUUGAAUGGGGAUGCAAUAAUGUUGAUGGAAUGAUUGAAGUUAAAAAGAAGAGACUUUUUAGAAAGGCUCCAGAAGAUUAUCCAAACGUUCUCAAUUGCUAUAUUUUCGGUGCUUCUAACUGUGGUAAAACUUCAGUUCUUAGACAUUUCGUUGGAAAACCACCACUCAAUACUCAUUACUCUACAAAAUCCACUCAAUACUCGGUGGUUGAUAGAAUUACGUAUCAAAAUAGGGAAUAUCAUUUAAUAGUUACAGAAUUCGAAGAUAAGGAAAUUCCAUUCGUGUUAAAAUCAGAAGAAUUAAUGGGAAAGUGUGAUGUUGCUCUCUUAGUUUUUGAUGGUAGUGAUAAAUUUUCAUUCAGUUUCCUUGAACAUAUUCAAAGAGGAUUGGAAGUUACCAUUCCAUGUGUUUACAUGUUGACUAAGAAAGAUUUAGGACUUGUGGAUCAAGAAAACUUGAGUGUUACUCCAGAACAAUUUUGUGAAGCUCUCUCGCUUGUUUGGCCUCCAUACCUAUGCUCUUUGGUUACUGAGGAUGGUCUUAAGAAUAUCAAGACACUCUUUUCAGAUCUGUUAGAAGUUGCUUUGAAUCCAAAGGAAUCAGGAUGUGUUCCAAACUGGAAUAUGAAUAAUGAAGAAUCUGAUGAAGAAGUAGAGUCUGAUGAUGAAGAUUUCCCACCUAAGGAAUCACUAAUGAAGAGAACACUUAAAAUGGUUGGUGUUGUCUCAGUUUUUGGAUUUGUUGCUUUUGCCAUGAUGAAAUGGUUAAAGAGGGCUAAGGAAUAACUUAUUAACCGUGUGAAAUUUAAGAGUUUCAUACAAAUUAAUAAAUUUUAAUUAUUUAUUGU